GUGUUCCAAUCUUUCUCCAAUCUUGUCCUGUAAGUUUAGGGUUUAUCAUAAUUGAACGCAAAAUCGCAAUUUCUCGUAGUUCGUUUUGAUAACUCACGAAAUCGCAAGCUACAGACACAACAGUGGCACGACAUUUGGUGAUUGAUCAUGUUGGUAAAGAGAUUAAGCUCAUUCCUUAAACUCUCCCCAAAACCUCAGAUUUCCUCUGCCACGAAGAGUGUGGAUGAAGAGAGCAGCAAAUACUUUGGUAGAAAGGCAGUGUCAUUUAUUUUGAUUACUAUUACAGGUGGUGUUGCUCUGAGUGCUUUUGAUGACCUUGCCAUCUAUCAUGGAUGUAGCAGCAAGGCCAUGGAAAAGGCGAUCAAGAACCAAGCACUAAUAGAUGCUGUCGGAGAACCCAUUGUUAAAGGUCCAUGGUACAAUGCAUCUCUUGCAGUAGCUCAUAAAAGACAUUCUGUUUCAUGCUCAUUUCCAGUUUCUGGACCGAAAGGCACCGGUGUCUUGCAGCUGAAGGCAGUUCGAAAUCGAGAUGACACUUGGUCUUCCUUUUUCCUUCAUCGUGACUGGGACAUUUUAAUCAUGGAUGCUCUCCUCCAUGUACCCGGGAAUGAGGAGAGGCACCGAACAUUUCGGAUCAAUCUUGCUGACAAUCCUCUUUCUUGCACUGCUUGCACCGAGAGCGCACCUCAUCCAUCGGAAAAUUCAAAGGCAAAUUUGACUUCUAAUCAAUAAAAGCUUAAUUGGCACUCUUAAAUUCAUCUAAUAGCAAGUUUUGGACCUUUAUAUGAUUUUGAGGCUAGGUGGACGUCAAUAUUUUGGCUUUGACAGAAUAAAUUUGUUUCCAAAUUUUCUUUGGGUAACGUGUUAUCAUAUUAGUCACCGACUUAUUUUCUGAAAAUAAAAUUUUCCUUGUGGAUUGAUGUAAA